AUGAUAAAAUGUUCAGAAAGGGAGAGCUUGGCACAGGUUGCGCUAGCAAAUGCAGUCAAUGAUUGCUUAGAGAAGACUUAUAAUAUUCGACCCGACUCAGCCGAGUCAGUGAAAAAAACAGUCAAAGAUUUUGGUCAACGUUGGGCGGCAAAAAAUGCCGGAUCAUUGUACAUGAAGCUCUCCGCACCACCCAAGCUCAUAAUGGCGGCUUGCAAGGAGAUGGCGUUCAUCGUCAUCGAUCGAGCCUACGAUCUACGUCCCUCGCUUUGGUCAAAUACAGCAGAAUCAAAGUUGAAGCGAGUCAAGAUCAAAGACCUCAUCGGCGACGUAAUGUGGCCUCUCAAAUUUAUUUUCAAGAAGGACGAAAUUACUGACCAAUGGAUGGCGUUUGAACACAAUGCGAUUCUAGACGUGGUUAUCGGCGUAGUGAGGAAACUCAAUUACUGGGACUACAUCUAUGAUCUGGACAACCUCUAUUGCACGGCUGCAGCUGCAAUUUACUGCGUUUUGACGCAGUUUUCUUCCGGAUGGUUUAACCGUGCAGUCGACUUCACGGCAGAAAGUUUCAAGUUUAUGUAUGAUUUAUUGAUGGGACACAUCAUCAACGUCAUCAAGAAGGAUGAAAGCUUGGCAAAGCGAUGGGUGGAUGUGAAGGCUUAUACCACUACCAGAUUAUCUGAUUUGUGUCCGAGACGUGACUCAAAUACUUCAAGUUAG